ACCAGGUCUGCUCCAAAUUCAUCAACUGGGUGUGACUUUGUAAAUGGACUCGUUGGUCCAAAAUGUAUGUGUCCUGAUCUUCUGUCAUUUCUGAAGCUCAGGGAAAAAGAAGGGGACAGUGCCCCUUAUAGACAGUUACAAAGUAGUUAUGAAACAUUAACUCAUAUAGUUCAUUUUAACUAAAAAUGAGACCUUGCUUGUCAUUUGAGAGCUUGAUGCAGGUUGACUGUCUUUAGACUUCUGGACAAAAGGAAUUUUCAAUCCACUAUACAGAUAACUAGAAUCACAAGACAAUAAAUGCACCUGCUUUCCAGGAGAGAUAUUCUGCCUAUCCCGAACAGAUGGCAUCCAAAGAGAGCCAUCUGACAGCAACUCUUCUGGCCUCCAUCCUGGGAGUAGUCCUCGGCCCCCUGCAGAUUGGCUACCACACUGGCAAUGUCAAUGCUCCAGCCAAGAUCAUCGAAGAGUUUUUCAACAGCACAUGGAAGGCCAGACACAACCAAUCUAUGACAGAUCACAGCCUGACUCUGCUGUGGUCACUUUCUGUCAGCAUUAAGGACUUUGGAGCUUUGGUGGGGUCUCUCGGAGUUAAAUACCUGGCAGAUUCAUAUGGCAGACGUAACUCCAUCCUGAUUGCAAACUUUCUGUCGGUGGCAGCAGCGUGCAUUAUGUUUGCCUCUAAAGCCAGUGAAUCGUUUGAGGUUCUCAUCCUGGGACGGAUGGUGUUUGGCCUGUUCUGUGGUCUUGUAAUGAGUCUCAAUCCCCUCUACAUCCAGGAAGUGUCCCCUACCAAUCUGAGAGGAGCCUUUGCCACACUCAAUCAAGUGUCGUUAGCCUCUGGCAUUCUGAUCGGGAUGGUGGCUGGUCUGGAAAUAACACUGGGCACGAAGAGUAACUGGGCGAUGAUGCUGUCCCUGUCUCUUAUCCCCGCCCUGACACAGUAUCUGGUUCUGCCUUUCUGCCCUGAAAGCCCUCGCUACCUCCUGAUAAACCAGGGAAAGGAAAAGAAAGCAGAAGCUGCCCUGCUGAGACUGAGGGGCCACGCGGAGAAAGUGUCCUGUGAGCUGGAAGAGAUGAAGGAAGAGGCGGCACACACCCAGACUGGCAUCACCAUCCGGGAUUUCUUUCAGAAACGGAGCUACAGGCAGCCGAUCCUUCUCAUUCUCCUCAUCAACGUAGGAAGCCAGUUGUCAGGAUUCAACGCAAUAAUCAACUACUCCACUAAAAUGUUCCAGGCCAAGUUUGACGAUGCCAAAUAUCUGACUCUGGGGGUGGGAGCUGUCAAUGUCACCUUCACUUUGGUUGCAUUCUUCUUCAUGGAGAGGGCAGGGAGGAGGAAGCUGUUGCUGAUUGGUUUCCUCUCCAUAGGAGUGUGCAAUUUACUUAUGACCAUAGUUGAUUCUGUUCUGCACCUGGUCCCAGAACUGCGGAGUCUGCAGGUCCUGCUGGUGUUCUGUGUGGUCUCAGCUUAUGAGGUGGGCCCCGGUCCAAUCUCCUGGUUCAUUGCUGCUGAGCUGUUCGACCAGCCUGGAAGACCUAUAGCCAUGGCCUUCACCAGCAUGAUCAACUGGGGAGGGAAGUUUGUCAUUGCACUCCUCUUUCCUCCUUUACUGAAAAUCUGUGGAGCAUACGUUUACUUGAUUUUCAUGGCUGUGGCUCUGUUUGCCUUCACCUUCAUGUGGCUCCGCCUGCCGGAGACAAAAGGCCGCAAGUUUGAUGACAUCGCAGAGGAGUUCAGAGGAGCAGAGGGAAUCCCGCUGCAUAACAGCAGCGGAUUCAACACUUUUACCUGAAGAGCCGCUCUUUCUUUCUCAACGAUGAUCCAGAAGAAACUGUUAGACAGUCAGCCUAGCCCUAGCCUAUCAACAAUCAUAAAUAAAUAAUAGAUUUCAGUUCAUGUUUUUGAUUUUGUUUUUGGUGGUUCACCACAUCUCAAAAUGCAUUUCUCCUUUUAAUAAAACCAUGUAAAAAGAAAUGUACAGCUGUUAUCAGUUCAAGUCAUGUUGAAUUGUCCCAUUCUUUAAAAGAACACAUUUCAAGCUCUAGAUGCACUUACCAGCUUAAUAUUUAUUCUUGUUGGAAAGUUCUGACUUAAACAGCAAUGUCCAACAUUAUUCUGAAAUACAAGAAACUUAAACAAACUAGGGAUGUAUUUCUAUUGAUCCUGAUGCCAAUCUGAGUUCUUCACUCUGUAUCGACAUGACAUCUGUCUAUACUGAGUCCCAGUUUGAUACUUCACAAAACUAUUGUACUUUUUUACAGACUUUACAAAAGCUAAUGAAAUCAGUACAACAUA